GUUGAAAGCAAAAAAAGUUAUCUAUCCCUCCUUUGUCAAACGCAUUGUGAAAAGUUCAUAGCCUUCAACUUAUAUCAUCAAUCGCGCGUAAUAUUGUGAUCGCAUUGAGACCUGUAAGAAGAAGAAACAAACAAAAUGAAUGGAGCAAGAAUUGCCGCUAGAUUGAUUAGAGAAAGCUGUUGUAGGAAGCUCAAGCCAAACCGCUUUUUACCCAGAAAUUGCUACUGUACCACGCCUUCUACCAAUCUUCCUCCUCGGCCUCCCCCACGAUUCCCCCAUUCUUCAAAAAAGGGAAUGUUGUUUACCGGAGCUACCAUUGGUUUAGUAAUAGCAGGAGGAGCUUAUGCUAGUACAGUGGAUGAAGAAACUUUCUGUGGCUGGCUAUUCUCGGGAACAAAACUUGUAAAUCCCUUUUUUGCACUUCUGGAUCCUGAGGUAGCCCACAGACUGGCUGUUUCAGCUGCUGCUCGGGGGUGGGUCCCUGUAGAGAAAAGAGAAGACCCCACUGUAUUAGGCCUCGAAGUUUGGGGGAGGAGGUUCUCAAAUCCUCUAGGCCUUGCUGCUGGUUUUGACAAGAAUGCCGAGGCUGUUGAAGGUUUACUUGGGUUAGGCUUUGGCUUCGUGGAGGUUGGCUCAGUCACACCCAUUCCUCAGGAAGGCAAUCCAAGGCCUCGUAUCUUCAGACUGAGGGAGAAUGGUGCUAUAAUAAAUAGGUGCGGCUUCAAUAGUGAAGGAAUUGUGGCUGUAGCAAAGCGGUUAGGUGCUCAGCAUGGUAAGAGAAAGUUGGAAACUUCCAGCACUUCGUCUCCAGCAAGGGAUGAAAUCAAACAGGGAGGGAAAGCCGGUCCUGGAAUUCUUGGGGUUAAUCUGGGAAAGAAUAAGACGACAGAAGAUGCUGCUGCGGAUUAUGUUCAAGGAGUUCACACAUUAUCUCAAUUUGCGGACUAUCUCGUGGUUAACAUCUCUUCACCGAACACUCCUGGACUGCGCCAACUCCAGGGAAGAAAACAGUUAAAAGACCUUGUGAAGAAGGUACAAGCAGCACGAGAUGAAAUGCAGUGGGGUGAAGAAGGUCCACCUCCGCUGCUUGUAAAAAUUGCUCCAGACCUGUCUAAGCAAGAUCUUGAAGAUAUUGCAGCAGUUGCUAUUGCUCUUCGUGUGGAUGGAUUGAUAAUAUCAAAUACAACCAUUCAAAGACCUGAAACUGUGAGUAAGAACCCCGUGGCUAUAGAAUCUGGUGGCUUGAGUGGAAAGCCUCUUUACGAGCUAUCAACUAAUAUUCUCAAGGAUAUGUAUAUUCUAACAAAGGGAAGGAUUCCUUUAAUUGGCUGUGGAGGUGUCAGCAGUGGUGAAGACGCGUACAAGAAAAUACGAGCUGGUGCCACUCUUGUGCAGCUCUAUACAGCCUUUGCAUAUGGAGGUCCUGCACUUAUACCCAAGAUAAAGGCUGAGCUUACCCAAUGCUUGGAAAGGGAUGGUUAUAAGACAAUCUAUGAGGCAAUCGGAGCAGAUUGUCGAUAGUUUUAAGAUAUACAUAUUGCUCUAAAACAGUGCAAUAAAAUCUAGUUGCUCAUCGAAAAGAAAGCGAUGAAAAUUUCACCCAGGGUUUUCUUGGCUGUUUUGUGAUUUUAAUUUAUCAGUUUCUUUUGAGGUAUGCCCUAUUGGAAGAGGUUGAUUUUGUGGUGCAAAAUUUAUAACUUGCCAUAAAUAGCACUGUCCAUUUGGUCAAGUUUUAUGAUCAAGGACUGAUUUUGGUUUUUGUUUUUGUAAAUUCAAAUGCUAUAUUUAAUUUAUUCUAGCUGACUUGAACCAAUCUUUA